UUCAUGUUAUUUCAGUUGGAACGAUUAGUGUAUUUCAAUCAAUACACAACUACUAAAAAUAAUAUAUUAUUUCGCAUUCAUUCUAUAAGCAAUAUAAUAGGGGGUUUGUAGGAUAUACUUGCUGGGUGUAAAUAUUAACUGUAUUACGAAAAUGCCGCCUGGAUUACGUUUGUUCGGUUUACUGAAUUCUGUGAUAAUUUUAAUACUGACAGUACCCAGUUUUGGCCAUGUGCGACUCACAUACCCUCCAGCUCGUAAAUACGCCCUGGACUUUCUUGACGUUGUUCGAACCCCGCCUCCGUGUGGAAUGUCGAAAGGUCUCGGCCCUGUCACUAACUUCAAAACCAACGACACAAUAACAGUGACCUGGCAUGUUGCAUAUCCACACAGGGGAGGCUUCAGUUUAAAUCUACUGGCUGAGAACGAAACAAUCGUGCACAGAUUUACGAGCGGCUUUAUAUCAACAAGUGACCCUACAAAGCUAUCCCAUACCAUCACUUUGCCCAACCUAGAGUGUAUGAACUGCAGUAUACAGCUCAUCCGACAGGCUGGAGAAUGGACAACCGCGUGCAAUAAUGGCAAAUACGACUUUUAUUCGUGCGCAGAUAUCAACAUCAAAAAAGUUGUUGACUACAAGCUUUGUUCAUCUCACGGUAGCUUUAGUAACGGGCAAUGUCAGUGUAACAGACUUUAUACCGGACCAGCUUGUCAGUAUAAGGAUGAAUGCGAGAUGGAUUCAGAUUGUGGAAAUGUCGGGAAAUGUAUGAGAAACGUUUCAACGACUUAUCCCAAGAAUCAGUGCUACUGUCCCGCCGGGUACUUCGGGAGAGCAUGUGAAAAACAAUCCCCAGUUACGUCUCUCUCGGGCAUAGACAUGAGCGAUUAUAUACCAACACCGGUGGCUGGUACCGAGGACUACAAGAUUUACCAUAAGAUUAUCAGUGAAACAAAUGAGAUGGAGAUGAUACUUAGGGUAAAAACCACCACCUGGGUAGGGAUCGGCUGGAGACCACUUGACCUUAACUACAGAUGUAGACAAUUCCCUGCCCUACCUGACUUCCCGAACAGGGAUGAUGGAGAGAGCGAAGAGGGAGGAGAGGAAGAGGGCACGAAGGAAGAGGGAGGAGAGGAAGAGGGGGGAGAGGAAGAGGGCACGAAGGAAGAGGGAGCAGAGGAAGAGGGCACGAAGGAAGAGGGAGCAGAGGAAGAGGGCACGAAAGAAGAGGGAGCAGAGGAAGAGGGGGGAGAGGAAGAGGGCACGAAGGAAGAGGGAGCAGAGGAAGAGGGCACGAAGGAAGAGGGAGCAGAGGAAGAGGGCACGAAGGAAGAGGGAGGAGAGGAAGAGGGCACGAAGGAAGAAGGAGGAGAGGAAGAGGGCACGAAGGAAGAGGGAGGAGAGGAAGAGGGCACGAAGGAAGAGGGAGCAGAGGAAGAGGGCACGAAAGAAGAGGGAGCAGAGGAAGAGGGCACGAAGGAAGAGGGAGCAGAGGAAGAGGGCACGAAGGAAGAGGGAGAUGAGGAAGAGGGCACGAAGGAAGAGGGAGCAGAAGAAGAGAGCGAAGGAGAAGGAGGAGAGGGGGAAGGCGAAGGCGAAGGUGAGGGGGAAGGCGAAGGCGAAGGUGAGGGGGAAGGCGAAGGAGGAGGAUCUUGUGGGAGCGGCGGAAGUGGUAUCCAUGCUAUGGAUUGUACUGACCUAGUUAUUGGUACGGCUAAAGGAAAUUAUUCAAGAAUCGGUGACUAUUACACAAGGGAUAGGUCAACACCUAGGUUCGAUUCUUUUUACGGAGGAGAAGAAAGUUUGACGGCCGCUUUCGGUGAAGAAAAUGGAGGCUUCACCACAAUCCUUUUUAGAAGAAAACUUAACACUUCGGAUAAGGCGGACCAUGCCAUUACCAAUACCGCCAUGCAUGUUAUAUGGGCACGCGGUCAAGAGGCGGGAAAUGUUCAUCAUAACCCUAGUUCCGGCCUGGAGCAUUCAGCGUCUGCACCUUCUAUACCAGACUACUAUUACUCGGAUGAGCUGAAAUACCACGGCCGGGAUGUCAGUGGAUCUACGUAUGGUCAUAGAGGAUCAUUCACAGCAAAUUUCUUCGUGGAUCCAAAUGUCACCACACCACCGACAACCGGAAGUUCCUGUGACGGAAGUUGGACAUCCCCAUCAGGAGAUUAUACCGCUAGUUGGGUGUAUGACGCUACUUCGCAGAAGAUUACUUUUACUUUGACUGCUACAAUCUCAGCGAAUACAUGGAUGGCUAUUGGUAUAAACCCUGAAAGAAGAAUGUUCAGUGACAGAGCAGAUGUGUAUGUUGCAUGGGCACAAAGUAAUGGAGCGGUAACAGUAUCAGACAGACACCUUCGAGCUUAUAGUCCCCCACCAUUAGACGCCAGUCAGAACGUAGAAGGCGUAUCUGGUAGCGUUGAAAAUGGCAGAACGUCUGUCACCUUUACACGUGCACUGGUAACCGGGGAUGCAGAAGAUUUCGAUUUCGACGGAACCAACGAAGCUUACUUAGUAUUUGCUUGGGGAGGCAAUGUGAAUGCUAAUGGUGGCCUCACUAAACAUCUUUUGGGGAAAUCGGUAUCCAUCAAUAAAUAUCGUUUCACUUCUUGCGAUAGACCUGCGACUAUGACAAGGGAGAGAAGGGUAGAUAUUACUUUCCAGUUGAAAGGGUUGCCAUGGGACCCGAACUACGGCAUCAGUACGUCAGCUGCUUACAGAUCAUUAGCUGAUGAUAUGAUUAUGUUGUUGGAAUCCAAUUUUAAUAACCUACCAGGCUACAUUGGGGUGUCAAUAAGAAUGUUCAGACAAGGGAGUGUUUACGUGGAUGCAGCAGUUGAUUUGAGACGUUCCGGGGCAACCGAAGCUGAAAUAGAAAGCAAUAUGAAAGAUGAUGUGACAACCGUUGUAGACGAAAUGGUAACUGAGGGGCAAGGCGGUGGUUAUGUCUUCAGUGCGAUUUACACGAUAAGGGAUCCAAAAGAAAUUGGUGAUACAGCUGACAUGCCUGAGGAGGAAGAAAGGAAGGACGUCAUUGGAACUGUUGGUAAAAUCAUUAUAGGCGUUACAAUUGCUGGUGCCCUCUUUUUGGUGUUGCUUGUGAUUGGUACAUUCACAAAGCGCCGCCUGGCAGAAGAUUCUACUGGAGAAGAAAAGAAGAUGUAUUCCGCUGAGACUCUAACCUAUAACAACUGGCAGCCGAAGGCCAAAAGUCAACCAACACCAACAAUGAUGUAUUAUCCAACAGAUACUUCAAACAACGGAGCGGUACUCAAGGGCCAACAAGCCAUGAGUAAUCAGACGUACAUGUUGGAAGAACCACGCUAUGUGAAGUCCGGCAGUGUAGUAUCAGCAUACUCUAGCGGGCAGCCGCAGCCAUCUUACUCUAGCGGGCAGGCGCAGCCAUCUUACUCUAGCGGGCAGGCGCAGCCAUCUUACACUAGUGGGCGGGCGGAUAACUCAGUCGUGCAUGUCAAAUUAGCCAGGGCUGACAGCUAUGGCGAAUAUGUUUACAUGUAGUUCUUAUCUAUAAACAAGCAUCAGCUGGUUGAAUUUGGUUUCCAGAUUCAUUCUGAUGUCAUUUUUUUUCUUUGAAAGCAGCCUUGAACUUGUGCCAUACUAGUACCAUGUGGGUUAAGUACCACACAUGAACUUUACGAUCACAGUCUGUAGCCGAUAUAUUGUUUAUAUAAUUAUCUAAUUUCAAGUUCAACAUGAUAUCCAUUUUCCAUGUGGAAAAAAAAAUAUGUUCUUAAAAAGAACUAGACCUUCGAAUCGAAUUGUUGAUUUGUACAUGAGAACUUUUGUUAAUCUUUAUUAAUCAGAAACAUAAUCAGGCAUCCACUUGAUCAUAAUGAAAAUUGCACUUAUGUGUGGUAUUUAUGUCAUAUAUUCACCAAUAUUCAACUCUGAUACCCUACUAAUUUUACAACUGGCAUUUUUUUUGUCAAUCAGUUAUUUCAAAUAUGAGAGCUCAGUUACAGCAAAAGGAAUAUAUGAGACGAAGUAAGAAUGUUUUGCUGUAUAUUCGGUCUGUAUUCAACGUUUUUUUUUAUUGGACUUACAAAACAAAUUUAAAAAAAAACUGUCGAAAUCAAUUUCAGAUGUCCUGUUAUAAAACUCUUCUUGAAAGCCUUGCUGGUCAAUAAAAACUUUUGCUCUCCAUUCUUUUGAACCUUGGACAGUAGUUUUGACUAUUGACCGACAAGCCGUUCAAUAAGUGAACUUUGUAUAGAACACUUAGGCCUACUAUGUUUUGGUAAAAUAAAACUUGUACAUGGCAUUGAAGCACAUACUACGUUAAAUCACUUUAACUACCCUAACCGGCUGCGCCGGUUAUUUGAUACCCCUUUCAUAACAUUCCAUUCCGCUUUCUUUAACAAUAAUGAUGGCGAGCGUAAUAAAGUAUGCAGAAUCUCGCUUUUUACUCCAUAAAUCAUACUGUUUGUAUUCCCCAGAAAAGUGAGGAAAUAUUUUAUUCAAUAUGAUCAAAAUUGAAAAGACACCACUACGUCACCACUACAAUAGUUAUAUUGUUAUCACUUUGGCGUUUUGGGAAUGAUCCACGCAACAACAGCGUAGCCCGAGUGAAAUAUUCUGGCGACGUACUGUAUAUAUAACCGAUUUUGAGUGUAUUAAUUUAAGUAAAACACGAUUUUGCUAUGAAUACAUUAUUUGGAUUCCAGUAUGCCCUUUAUCUUAAACAGAAAUACAAUAUUAGAAUGGCCUGUAGGCCUUUUAGGCAAAGAAAAAAGAAGUUUUAAUUUGAUGUUUUAGCAAGAAAAGCUAACAUGUAAUAGAAAGAAUAUUAAUGUGCUUUUCCACAUUGAAUUCAAUAAAAGAGAAUCGCAUUUUAUUAUUUUAUUUAACUCUGAUAGUUUCAAUAUGAAAGGCACUCUUAAAUUGUAUCUAUCAUCUAUUUACAAGACAGUUUUACUUAUUGUUUUUAUGUUGUUAUUAAACUGCUUCAAAGAAUUUCUUAUUUACACAAUAAAUUUUAUAUUCAGUUUA